GCGUGUGUUUAAAACGAAGUGUAUUAAAAAAUGACGAAGUGUAGUGUUUAGAAUGUCGUGAUAGUGGACGGUGGUGGACAGAGGCAUGGUGGAGGACAUCAGUUGAUGUUGAAGGCUGUGCUGGAAGCGAGGCAAAAUGUCGGCGCGGGGCAGCCGGCGGGUGCUCUCGAUUCUGUUUAGCACGCUACUUCUGGGCCGGGCUAUUGCAGUAAAGGGCCACACAGAAGUCCGCGUGGAGCUGCAGAUGGAGCGGUGGGCGGCGCGAGGGGGGGCGGUGCGCCUGCGCUGCCUGCACGACGUGCCGCACCACCUGCUCGACAAGGUCGUCUUCCUGCGCCACGGCACCAAGAUCUUCCAGUACAUUCGAGAUAGGAAACCGCCUUAUAGAAACUUUACCACGCCCGGAGCUGUGCUCAAUAUAUCUUUAGCCACGGAGAACUCCAUCAUCCUGCAGAACCUGGACUUCGCGGCGAGCGGCAGCUACUCCUGCGAGGUCUCCCUGAACACGCCCAUCUACACCAAGGCGUCCACCGGGAAACAACUCACAGUUUUCCAUCCUCAAAAGCAUCACCCGCGCAUCGACUUCCCGACAAGGUACCUGAGCUUCGGCGAGACUCUCCGCGCGAACUGCACCACCGCGCCUGCGCUCCCGGCGCCCCAUAUCACCUGGUUUAUUAAUGGCAAGAAGAUGGACGAGCUAGCAGCCCACUCACAUAAAUUCAGAGUGCCCAUGAGCGAACGCAACGGCAGGAGAGGGCUCCAGAAACUAAUCAACUACGAGCUUGGAGGCAGCAGCCCUCCACCGCUACUUGCGCUCACACACGCGUCGCACAUCGCCACUCGACCUCCAGGCUGUAAUAUUAAGGAACACCAGAUGUCAGAAUUGCACUAUCACGAGGAGCCCAACGUCAUCCACGCGUCAAGCAGGCAUCGCAGCCGACGGCCGAGUCGGGGCUGGGACCUGUACGUCACCGUGUCGGAGCUCUACCUGGUGGCCACCGGCCGGCUGGAGAUCACCUGCGUCAGCACCAUCCCCGAGUUCAGGAGUAUUGAGGAUAAGUUCGCUGACGUCAGAAACGACACUGUUAUUGUGGACGUCAUCAGACCAUCAACAUACUCGCAGCCGUCAGCCAACCUAUCGAUGCCAGAGUCCAGCAGCUCCAGAGCAAGCUCAAUAGCAGCUAGCAUCCUCCAGGCCCUGCUGCCUCUAGCACUGCAGUCGCAGCAUCGACGUCUCGUUGCUUGAUAGCGAGCCACUAAUUCUAACUGUUUGGGCUGUGAUAAUAAUAAAUUCAAUCCCAUAAGGCAGUGUUUAUCAACCUGUGGGUCCUGUCCAAGCCUCUAUAGGCCGCGAGAGGUCGUAAAAAACUAUCUCUGUAAAAAAACAGUGAACAUAUAAAGAAAGAUUUACCUACAACAUCGUUGUAACAUUAUAAAAUGCAUGAAAAAAAGCGAGCGGUCGGGGGGUCGCAGAAUAUUUUUUCAUACUUGUCGUGUAAUGAAAAUGGUUGAAAAACACUGCUAUACUUACGCGGAAGCGAAUUUAUACAGGCUUCUAAUUAAUUUUAGAUUCUUUGUACUUACAUAAGGCUUCUACGGAAAAAGUAAUCGGAUUGAGUUGUUUCUAAACCUCCAAAUAAAAUAAGAUAAAAAUAGGUAGACAAAAACAAAGGAAAACAUUGUACUUUUGAAAAUUUUAUCUUUGUUACAAGUAAUGAUUUGUAUUAUUUGCUAUACCUACGAAUGUUUACUUGUCUGGAAUUUGUUAAUUGUUAAGCAAUUUCACCCUACUCGGUAUACACCUAAGACAUAAUUGAAAGGUUUA